GCCUCAGACAAGCGAGCCGGCCGUUUGUGCACCUAACGAUGGCGACAGAGUCAGCUGAGCCCUCCACUUUGACCAACGGCGCGAAGGCUGCGGACGCAGAUCCCUCCCAGGCAGCCGUCACGACCCAGGAGGAGCUGGACGAGAAGGUCAAGGCACUCGCAGAGGAGGUCAAGGUCAGCCACCACAACGCACAUGUCAACUCGGGCGGGAGAGAGGCGGGCGAUGAGAUGAGGCAGCCGGGCACUGCGUGUGUCUCGCACGUGUGACGUGGGAGGGUGGUGGGGCAUGGCUGGCGACAGAUCUGCGUGUGUGCGGGUGCGGCCGGUGGGCACACCACACUCUCCCUUUGUGUGUCUGUCUGUGUGUGUGGCUCGUCAGGCGUUGCGCUCCGACUUGAAUGACGUCAAGCAGAAGAGCCUGCGCAGCUCCCGCGAGGUCGGCCAGCUCAAAGUCGUCAUCCACGAGCUACACCAGCUACUCACAGUAAGCACAACAUACGCCCACCCUACACACCACCCACACCACCCGUCCCUCACACCUCUCCUCCCUCUCUGUCGCGCCCUGUGUUGUUGUGUGUGUAUCAGGGAAGCGUCCAGGGUCGUUCGAGUGAGGCAGCUGGGUCGUUGCCAGCUGAGGAGUCGCCCGAAGCGCAGGACCAGCACGACGAGGACGGCCAUGGCGGUGAGGGCGGUGGCGGCAACAGUGGGCGCCGACGGCGGCGAGGUCGCGGCACUGCUCGGCAGGACAUUCAGCCCAAGGUCCCCCAAGUGCAGUGGAGGCAAAAGGGACUCGCUCACACGUAAGCCAAGGGAAGAAAGACGGAGAGAUCCGAUCCAGGUCGAAUGCACUGCCAUGUGCCUCCUCGGUUGGACGUGUGUGUACCUGGUGCUCAGUGAUGAAGCUGCCGCCCCCAAGUCUCCCGAGGACGGCACCCCGGCCUCCCAGGCGGCCCGCGGCGACGAGAGCCAUGGCGAAACACCCGAAGAGGGCGCCAAGGACGAAAACGGUACCCAACAACACAACACAACACAACACUUCGUACCAUCACACACAUCACCAUACCAUACCUCCUACGUGUCUUGUCUUGCUGUUUAUCAGGUCGGGGAGACCGUAGCGGCCGCAACCGUCGUCGCCACAACGGACGUCGUGGUGGCAGUGGCGCCAAGGGUGCCGGUGCGGCUGCUGACAAGUCCGCGUCGCCUGCCAACGCAGCUGGCAAGGGCGGAGCGGGCGGUCGCGCGUCGGGCAGUGCACCCGCCAUGACCGACCAGCAGCGGAAGGAGGAAGAGCAACUCAAGUGAGCAGAGCAGGGCGUGCCAUGGGGUGGACGGCCUGUGUAUGCCCUUAUACUGUCUGAGUAUGUGUGUGUGUGUGUGUGUCCAUCAGGGAGGUGUUCCGCAAUGCCAACACGCCAGACGAGGUCAAGAACGCCAUGCAGCGGGUAUGCAACACAGUUACCUGCAAGGGAGAAGCCAAUCAGAGAGAGGGUGUGGGGUGUGGCAUGGUGCAACGCUUGCUUUUAGGCUCGUGAGUUGGAUCUGAGUUAUUUGGUUGAGUUGGGGGGGAAGAAGCUCAAGAAGGUGGAGGACGCCGCCAGCGCACCCUCCGGACCCGCAUAACACACACACACACACACACAGACAUGCCAUCGACAGUGCACCAACUACAGUCGUCCAUUGCACACCGACAGACACACCGAGACAUAUGGCUACCUGGUAAUUGAUUGGAGAGACAGAUGGAAUGAGG